AAAAUGACCCCCAAUCCAACCCCCUACACCUACGAGAACGCCAUCUACAGCGCCGGCCUGGGCGACGAGCGCCCGCGCUUUCCGCCGCACCCGCACGACUGGGAACCCACCGCAAAAUCCCGCCUGUCAGCGGACAGCUUCGGCUACGUCCACGGCUCUGCGGGCACCGGCCAGACAGACGAGAACAACCGCGCCGCCUUCCGGAGAUGGAACCUGCUGCCCUCGCGCCUGGUGCCGUCCGACUACCCCGACCUGAAGGUGAACCUCUUCGGCGAGGAAUACCCCUACCCGAUCGCCGUCGCCCCGGUCGGCGUGCAGAAGAUCUUCCACCGCGACGGCGAGGCCGCCGUGGCGCGCGCCGCCGCCGAAGACAACGUGCCCUACAUCCUCUCGACGGCGGCCUCCACCAGCAUUGAGGACGCCGCGAAGGCCAACGGGGCGCACGGGAAGCGCUGGUUCCAGCUGUACUGGCCGCUGAACGAGAACAAUAAUAUCACCGCUAGUCUGCUGCAUCGCGCACAGGACGCCGGGUAUACGGUGCUCGUGGUCACCCUCGAUACGUAUAUCCUCGGCUGGCGGCCGAGUGAUCUGGGAAAUGCGUAUAACCCCUUCCUCCGCGCGGAUAGUAUCGGGGUCGAGCUGGGGUUUACGGAUCCCGUGUACCGGCAGAAGUUCAAGGAGAAGCAUGGCAAGGAGGUAGAGGAGGAUCUGGGCGCCGCGGCGCAGGAGUGGGCGCAUACGGUCUUCCCCGGUAAAAGUCACGGGUGGGAGGAUUUGCGGUUCCUGAAGGAGCACUGGAAGGGCCCGAUUGUGUUGAAGGGGAUCCAGACCGUCAGAGACGCGGAGUUGGCCGUCCAGCAUGGCAUGGAUGGCAUUGUUGUUUCGAACCAUGGCGGACGGCAGCAGGACGGCGGCGUUGCCUCGUUGGAGGUCCUGCCGGAGAUCGUCGAUGCGGUCGGCGACAAGAUCGAGGUGCUCUUUGAUUCCGGGGUGCGCUGUGGCGCGGAUAUCGUCAAGGCGCUGGCGCUCGGGGCCAAGAUGGUGCUUAUCGGGAGACCGUAUGUUUAUGGGUUGGCGAUGGGGGGCCAGGCCGGGGUGAGCCAUGUCUUGAAGUGUCUCUUGGGGGAUUUGGAUCUGACGCUGCAUUUGUCGGGGGUGCCGUCGGUGCGGAAGGAGCAUUUGAACCGGUCGAUUUUGAGGGAGGCGAAGUAGACCUGACCGCCCCUAUAUCCCAGUGAGAUUAUACUUCGUAAUGUAUUGUAGACUAUACACGCUGAUGCCAAUGAAUGAUAUACGAGUUACUGUGUUGGUCGGUUUGUGGCAAGACAUCAGAACUUUUUCUAUC